AUGGAUAGGAUAAGUCAAUUGCCUGAUGCGCUACUCUUGAGAAUACUUUCAGUACUGCCUACUUCUAAAGAUGCUGUGGCCACAAUGGUUUUGUCAAAACGAUGGCAACCUCUUUGGAAAUUAGUGCCAAGACUUGUAUACGACGACCAGGGCUAUCAAAACAUCGAGUAUUGGAAGUUUUCGCGCUUUGUAGAUAGGUCUUUGAUUCUGUACGAGGCACCGGUAGACACUUUGCAUUUUAAAAUUAUUCAAACGUCUGGUGCUGCUGAUAUUGGUAAAUGGAUUACAAUUGCGGUUAAACACCGUGUGCGUGACCUGAUUAUCGAGCUCGACUGCUCUUCCAGUACAACUCCAGUCACACUUCCGAGGAGUUUAUACACAUGGUGUAGAAUGCUUGUGACCUUGAAACUCAAGAGUGUGAUUCUUGUGGAUGCAUCUUCCUUGCCUUCUUUUCCAACCCUCAAAACUUUGAGCCUUUUAUCUGUCAAGUACCCUGGUGAUGAAUUUAUCAAGAGUCUUUUAUCCAAUUGUUAUGUUCUUCAAGAUCCGGAUGUGAAAAGAUGUGACAAUGACAAUGUGACCAUUUUCACAGUUAUAGUGCCUUCUCUGAAGAGUUUACAUCUAGCUAGAUGA